AUGUGUUUUAAGAAUUCAGUGAUUGGUUGUUUGAUGCUAAUAGUGUUUACGUGUUGGUUUAAUGCGAAGAGCAGCGAUGCAUUUGGGACAUUCGGGUUCGAUAUACACCACAGAUAUUCCGACACUGUCAAGCAAUUCUUGAAUCUGGAUGGGUUGCCGGAGAAGGGUACAGUUGACUACUACACUGCCAUGGCCCACCGUGAUCAUCUCUUCAAGGGCCGUCGCCUUGCCGACUCCACCACCCCACCCCUCACUUUCUAUAGUUCAUCUGGCAAUCAGACUUACAAACUCAGAUCUCUUAACAACUUGUACUAUUCAGUUGUUAGAGUGGGUACCCCUUCUGUGGAAUAUCUUGUGGCACUCGACACCGGCAGUGACCUAUUCUGGUUACCAUGUGACUGCACUUCCUGUACACGUAGCUUCAACAUUUCUGAGGGAAGCACAACGAAGCUAAACAUAUACAGUCCUGGUAAUUCGACAACUAGCAAGCCACUUCCAUGCAACAGCCCUUUGUGUGGACCCACAAGAGGAUGCUCUACCAGUCCUAAUGCUUGUUCUUACCAAAUAAAAUACGGCAACACCACAAGUACCGGUUAUUUGGUCGAUGAUGUUUUGUAUUUGGGCACAGAUGUCGUUUCAGAAGCCAGUGUCAAUGUCCCGAUUACAUUCGGAUGUGGAAAAAUUCUAACCGGAAGUUUUUUGAACCGUUAUGGUAUUAACGGUGUAUUCGGACUUGGUAUGGACAGUAUAUCUGUGCCUAGCCUUUUAGCUAGCAAAAAUGUUACAGCAAAUUCUUUCUCCAUGUGCUUUGGCGAUGAUCGAUAUGGAAGAAUUGAAUUUGGAGAUAAAGGGAGUCCGGGUCAACAAACAACUCCCUUUAAUCUUGAACAAACAGACUCGACUUAUGAUGUAGUUGUGACAGAAAUUGCUGUGAGUACAAAUGUUACCAAUCAUGAGUUCAUCGCAACUUUGGACACUUCCCUCCCAUAUUCAUACUUCAGCGAUCCAGCUUUCUCGUUUAUUGUAAACAAUUUCAAUUCUCGCGUAACCGAGAAACGCUAUGUAUUUCCUUUCGCGUUUGUUUUCGACUACUGCUAUGAACUCAGUGCAAAUCAAGAUGACCCUAUAACCCCAAAUAUAACCUUCACAAUGAAAGGUGGAAGCGAAUUUACUGUUAAUGCACCAAUACUUUAUUUUAAACGGCCGGAUGGUGGUUUUGGGUAUUGUUUGGCUAUCGUAAAAAUCGAGGAUUUUAACAUCAUUGGAAAUAAUUUUAUGACUGGGUACCGCCUAGUCUUCGACCGUGAGGAGAUGGUUUUGGGUUGGAGAAAAUCUAACUGCUAUGAUUCCCUCUUGUCCAAAACUAUACCCCCAAACACUACUCGUUCACCUCCACCACAAAAACUAAAUUCCGAUUAUUGA